AUGGCUGGAAUCAGUCGCUGUAAAUUAUUCAGUUUCUUGACUGCUUGUUUCCCAUGCAAGAAAAAUUAUCAAGUCCCACUAAGGAAAGUUACUCUUCUUAUGUUGGGGCUUGAAAAUGCAGAAAAAACUGACACAGCCAGAGUUCUCAAGGGAGAACAUAAGGGCCAUGCAGUCUAAGAAUAAGUGGGGAGAGAAGAAAGUUCAAUAGAUGUGACUACAACCAUCGGUUUUUCCAGAAUUAAUUUUAUACGGGGAAAUUUUGAUGUUACAAUUUUUGACAUAGGAGGUGGCGGCAAAGGAAUUAGGACACUAUGGAAAUAUUACUAUGCUGAAUCAUAUGGCCUGAUAUUUGUUAUCGAUUCUAGUGAUGUAAAUAGAAUAGAAGAAUCAAAAGAGGCAAUAAAUGAGAUAUUAAAACAUCCCACAAUGUCAGGAAAACCUGUAUUGGUGUUGGCAGAUAAACAAGAUAAAGAAGGAGCUUUGUCAGAAACAUGCCUAGUCAAAUGUUUGUCACUAGACACACUGAUCAAUGAGCAAAAAUGUCUCUGUCAGCUGAAAGGUUGUUCAACAUUGUUGUUUACUGGCAAGAAAAUUGACAAGUCCAUAAAGAGAGGCAUUUUUUGGCUUCUUAGUUGCAUUGGCGAUGACUUUUAUACUUUAAAAUCCCGUGUUGAAAGAGAUACAAAGGCUCAACAAAUUUUUGAGGAAAUGAAAAAACGGGAACGAGCAGAACGAGUGAGGCAACUACGAAGAGAAAGAGAAGAGAGGGAAAAAGAAUAUGCCACAGAACAUCCUGAAUUUCUGAGAUUUGAUUCUGAUAUAGACCUGUUCAAACCAACAGACAUUGUACUCAGGGAGAAUGAGAGAAGAAAGCAGAGGAUGGAUAAAGAUAUCGACUGUAUUUUCCUCAGAACACACAUAGAACAAGAAAAACCUGACAUACAGAAUCAGUUCAGCAAUGCAAGUGAAAGAAAAUUUGAUGAUUCGAUACACACAGAGCCUUAUAGUGUGUUGUCAUGUAUACCACCAAAAGAGAAGGAAAUUGACAGUGCACAGCAGCUCUCAGACUGUGAGGAUUCAGAUUUCAAUAAGAAGAAAAAUGAUACAUUUGGGGCCAUAGCAUGCAAUCAAAUAGUACCACAUACUGUAAGCAACCCUGAUCUUGAGACACAGGAGAUGCCUGGACCAUCACAUCCAAUACAUGUGUCCUUCCAUAAAUCCUUCAUGGGGAACUCCCAUGGGGAACACUUGAUGUUCCUUUCUUUGGAAUCUUUACAUUUGGCCAUUAGUGCAGCACUCAUGCCUACUUUGCUCUCACUACAUAACUGGCUCCUGUGUUUUUCUGAUAAUACAUCUGGAUAA